GGGAUAUUGUAGGCAUUGGGUCUUCUAUUUAGUCGCUGCUAUCCUCACUGACAGAUAACAGGUCAUUGCUGACGAAUGCAACUUCCGCCCGGUUGUCGAUUGAUACAAGUUUCAGUGCACAUUGUUAGAAAAAGGAACUCUCGUCUCGGUUACCGCAGUGUCGCUGCCCCUGGACGAGAAACGGCGAUUUUUAAUUCGGGUCUCGAGCGCAGGUAAUAACGGUCAGCUUUAGGCAAUCUACUUUUGUAGCAUAGUCACCAGCGCCUAUUACAGCAUAGGGCGUGAGUGGGCAGUUUUGGUCAGCCAACUGUAAACAUGGUCAGUCUAAUGUGGAUAUUAAUUGGGAUGUCUCAGAUGGUAACUUGGAUUAUAAUAGGUCAGACCAAGGCUGAGCCCACUCUUGACCAACUUAUGACGAAAGAAGAACGAAUAUUAUUUCUAGGUUAUGAUGACGUUGUACCAGAGUACCAAGUAACUGACCUACAGAACAGUGCUUUGCUGAGAUCUCGACGGUCAGUUGGUGGCGACGGCGAUGCUGGUGACACUAUUGUUGACGUACGAGCUUUCGGAGAGCUCUUCAAGCUACGGCUCACGAAAAACCGGAAUCUUUUGUCACCCAGGUUUUUCACUUCUCAGAAAAAUCUUGUUGGACUUAGUAAUGACACUGACUGUUUAUAUCAUGGCGUCGCUCUUUCGCAUCCUAAUACUUCUGCGGCCUUAGCUCUGUGUGAUGGAAUGAGAGGCAUCAUUGAAACGGAGACCGACACGUUUACUAUCCAUCCAUUACCAGACAAUGUUACAAGAAGACUCGGCUAUGAGGGAAAACGACUGUCUCCACACCUGGUUGUGAAAGCUAAAAGCUCGGAACAGUAUUCAUGUCCUCAUGGUCACAUUUACCAUAAUAUUCGAAAAAGAAACGCAGCUGUUUUCAAGUUAUAUGAUGGCCCAGAACGUCGACAGAAACGAAAUAUUGUUCGUCGAAACCCUGUAAUAGAGACUGCUGUGUUUACAGAUGAAUCAUUUUACCAGGUGAUGAGACGUGCCUUUCCUACCGACACAGACCAGCAUCUUGCAACCUACGUUCUCGCUGUUAUGAAUGCAGUACAACUUCUUUUCAAGGAUUCCUCUUUGGGAAACCGCUCACCUGAUUUAACUCUGGUGCUACUUGACAUACUGAAAGUUCAGCCUUCGGACUUGGAACCGUCUCAUGACAUUGACACCUACCUGACAAACUUCUGCAUCUGGCAACACCGACGUCGUGGAACUAUACCUCUCUGGGAUCAUGCCUUAUUAUUAUCGGGAAUCAACAUGUACGUGUUGGAUAAAAAUGGACGUAGAAAACGCCAUGUUGUUGGUUUGGCACCUGUAAGCGGCAUGUGUAACUCCCUAAACAGCUGUACGAUCAGUGAAGGAACAAGCUUCCAAACAGUACAUGUGGCUACUCACGAGAUGGGGCACAGUUUAGGCAUGGAACAUGAUGGUAGUCAAGAUGGAAACACUUGUAACCCCAGCAAGUACAUCAUGUCCCCAACACUGGGGUCUGGAAAGUCCACUUGGUCACAUUGUAGUAGGGAAUACCUGGAAAAGUUUCUUAGGUCCUCACGAGCUCAGUGCUUAGCAGUAGAGGGUCCAUAUCCAGAUAUUUUGAAACAGAAGUCUCGUGGUAAAUUACCUGGCGAGUUGUAUGAUGCAGAUCAACAGUGUGCUCUCCACUACGGCAGAAGAGUUCAACAUUCAACUACAUUUUAUGGCCAGGAUAUCUGUAAAAACCUACGUUGUGAAACUGCCUUCAGUCAUUCGUCUUCAGUUUCAGCACAUCCAGCACUAGAGGGAACCACCUGUGGUACGAAUAUGUGGUGUCGAAGUGGGAAAUGUGUAUCACGUGACCAAGUAGUAAAUCAUCCCCAACCAAGAGAUGGGGCUUGGAGUUCUUGGUCAGCAUAUUCUUCAUGUUCUUCUGACUGUAUGACUCGGGAAGGAGUAACAGUUGUUGGUGUAAUGAUCUCAAGACGGAGGUGUAACAACCUAGGUAGUAAUUCGUUGACAUUAUUAUCAAAAAGUAAAGCUAUGCGACGUCUCACGGGUAAGAACGUUUAUCAUACAAGAGUAAAGCUAUGCGACGUCUCACGACUAUGUUAUUCAUCGUCUAAACCCAGCUCAUUGAAUGACUUCAUUAGCAACACUUGCCAAAAAGCUUCCAGAAUAAACAGUAAUAUUGGAACCAGUGGCACUCAGUUUCCUAAUCAUGAUGAAAGUCACUCGUGUUAUGUCUGGUGCCACAAACGAGGUGGAGGAUACAUGACUCAAGGCUGGGAAAUCCCUAACGGAGCUCCUUGUUGGAGACAUGGUGAACGACAUGAGAGCCGGUAUUGUGUGGAUGGACACUGCCAGGCUUUUGACUGUGAUGGAUACAGUACUCUAAAGGAGAACAGUUUGGGCUGUCCAACAAGCUCUGGGUCGCGGAGUUUUGGUGGUCAACAUGGAGGAAUAUCACCAGCAUCAAGUAGUAGCCGUUAUGGCAGUGCAGCACCACAUGGAAUUGGUAAACAUUAUGGAGGUUCAUCAGCAGUGAAUUCAACACCUUAUGGAAGUACAGCUGGUUGGAAAUCUAUCAGCCAAUGCAAAAAAUCAUGCAUCUUUGGAAGCAAGGGACUUCAAGUUGUUAAAAAAGAUUGCAGUUCUCAGUUUUAUUGUUUGACCACCAAAGAAACAAUUCGUCUGUGUGAUGACCAAUCGCAGUCCUGUGGUGGGACUAAACAAAGUGUUGAUCAGUAUGCCAGUGAAGUGUGUCAAAGAUACAAGAAGAAAUAUCCCACGUUGUUGAGUGGUAGAGGGCAGCAGUUAUCCUCAAGACCAGGUAACCCUGAUUCAGCAUGCAUGGUAGCAUGUCAAGAUAAAGUUUGGCUUGACACACAUUACCAGAUGGAUGUGUUUGAUGAUGGUAAAUUUCCUGCCGGAACUGACUGUAGUGGGAGUGAAUCUCAUGUGAAAGCCUACUGCUUGAAUGGAAAAUGUGUGACAUUUGACACAGACGGAACCCCACAAGACGAUGAUGACAGCUAUGUAUCCCAUGUGAAACAUCUUUUCCGGAUUAAAAGGUAUCUUCAAAAACAAGAAUUGCUAACUUAUAAGGAUGAUAAAACUAAAAACUUCAAUGAGUUCAGAAGACCUUUUACACGAGUCUCUCACGUUAAAUCUGGCUUUGAUCCAUCACAAUAUCUACAGUUACCGUUACAAAACAGAAGCAAGGAAAGGGUGGAACCAUUCGUUUGGAGCAUUGUGAUGUCAGAGUGUUCAGCUCCUUGCGAUGGAGGUGUUCAGCAUAUAACCCUUGAGUGUCACAAAGGUCAUCUGAAGGUUGAAGAUGAAUUCUGUAAUUCAGGCCAUCACCCAAGAAACAGCGAACUACGUCCAUGUAACACACAUCCAUGUACAGGGAGCUGGCAGAUUGGUGGAUGGAGCCAGUGUUCAGCAACCUGUGGGUUAGCCAUGAGGUCAAGGGUUGUUUUAUGUGUUAAACAAGUGAUGGACAAAGUCCUGGCCAUUGUUGAGAACAGAUUUUGUCCACUACCAGUUCCAUCUGAUGUGGAAAAGUGCAAGUUUCUACGCUGUUAACCUAACAAUUAAAUCAACUGGAACUCUAUACUGGACAAAAAAAAGAGGGAGAUCAUGGCUUUCUGACAGAUGAGCUUGUGUUUGGGAAUUAGUCUUCAGUUCAUGUGAGGUUGUAAUUAGAGAGCAAGUAAUAUUUUUUCAGUGAAGGCAGUAGAGCACAAAAUCAAAAAUAGGGUCUUCAAUUUCUUUAGUGGGUACUGCUGGUCACUGGGAACAUUUAUUUAUUCCUUAUUUAUAACAUACAGUAUCUGCAAGUGUAUUUAUUUAGUAAACUGGUAGAAAGAUCCAUUUUGAGGAUCAAAAAAUCACACAUAAAAAAAAAUACCAAAGCACUACACUGGAUAAAAAAGAAAGGAAUAAGAUAAACUUGUUAUAAUGGGCUUCUUCAUUAAUAUACUGUCCACAUGGUAAUAAGGGCAAUUUUCUAACAACCUCAGCCAAGUUGUCACUAAUGUGGUACUCAAUAUUCAGUGUGAUCAACAGCCAGCUAAUAAAGUUUUUACUGAUCUAAAAAUGUGUACAGACUUUUUAUCACAUAAUAUGCCCAUAUAGAAACUACAUUCUCUAGAAUUCCAUUAUUAUAUAGUAUAUAUUACUUAAAGUCUAAUUUAACUGAUACUAACUUCCAAUUAGACCAAGCUAUCUGCUUAAAGCAAAACUAGAAACUCAAUCUAGUAAUGAGUAUUAGAUAGUUAAUUAAAUGUACUUUUCUCACAUUCAUACUUAUAAAGUUUUGAAUAUGUUGUUUCAUGAGUUGGGUACCCUUACUUUGGUAGGCACCUACUAUUAUGAUAAAGUAUUUACCUUUUUAAAUAUUUAUAUAAAGGUAGGCUGAGUUCAGUACAUACAUAAAAUUUCCAAGGAACUUAUAAAUACAUUGGAUCCUUAUGAUUUUCUUUAAAUUCAGAUCUCAAUAUAUUAAUUUUGAAAUAUGAGUUUUUGAUUAUUGCAUUACUAAUUAUCUUACUCUUAAAUGAAUCGUUUCAUCUGGAAAUUUGUCAUUUAAUGUAUCUGAUAAAAAUGGAUGCUCAAUAAUUUCCACAAAAGGGGACCAAAGGCCACCUGGAGGAUCACUGGUUUUAGCCACUUGUAUCACAUACAGUUGUGUGUUGUCUGUCAGUCAGUCAGUAGACACUAAAAUGACAUCACACAAGGGAUGCUUAACAUUGUAAUUUGUACUGUCCUGGCGUCAGUAAAACAUAUGCACACCAUGAAUCAUGAGAAGAAU